GUGUUCUAGGUGUGACUAGACAUUCCAAAACUUUUAAUGUAUAAUUUUUCAGCCAUUCUGAUAUAGACUUGCUGGCUUGAUACCUAGUCAAUGAUCAGAAAUUAGCAAUCUGUAUUUCAUACGUACAUAUGUCAGUUAUAAAAGAGAAACGUUUUGGAUGACAGAGUCAAAUUCUUUCAAGAGACUGAUUGACGACAUAAGUGUUUGGUUGUGCUAAUUGCAUGCAAGCAGUUAUGGAGUGUCGGGGUGUAAGGUUUCAAGAAUGUUUUCAUUAAAUAUUUUAAAGUAUGCAAAUCGUAUAUUAUUCAUUCACGCAGGUUUGAUUUUGGUUGACAAUCGAUAAACUGUCAGUGACAAAAAUAGAGACAAUCCAAAAUGUCACUUUGUAAUGUCGUUGUGCAAGAAGUGCCUUCAGAUGUAAAGAUAUUCAGUGUGUACUAUAAAACUGCUUUUUGCGUCAUGGCUGCUAUUUCACAGCACUAGGAUACAUUCCGCAUGAAUUUCUGCCUACGAACCUAAAAGAAAAUAAAGGCGGCUUGUUAGAAUGCUAAUUGUUGCUGUCAGGUAUGUACGAAUACUUUUUGUAACCGUAUACUAAUUCCUUAUUUGAAUGUAGAUCAUUCAAAGUAGUUUUGAAACCAGGAUAACUUCAGUGUGUUAUCGAACCGCAAAAGAGCUCUCGUUCACCACCAGUGAACUCUAUAGACUUGAAUAAUGGUAGCGUGUGUAGCUAUGCGUGAUAUUUUCUGAUUUCUCCAGGGGUGUAUAAAUGCUCAGGCUAAAACGUCCUCCAGUGGCAACAGUAGCCACAACUGGCCUAUCACUGGCCUGUGCUGGUUGGCAGCCUCCAAGGGGCUUCUCCACGGGCAUCUCAACCUGAACCCCGUCAGUGUGAAGGGACACUGCUCCGCUCCUGAGAAGGAGGCUGAGGAGAUCGACGAAGAACCGCUUGAAGAUGAUGUUUCUGUCAAUUUCUCAGAGGGAGAAAGGAUGCCCAGGAGGUUCCGCCACCACAAAAAAGACGUCCGGGAGGACAGGAAAUGGCAGCGAUGCAGAGCUCAUCAUUCUGGGCCCAGUACCCAGCCCUCACCACGUGGCGGUGAAAACCUCACUACUUCCAGAAAACCCGUCCAAACUGGGGCUGCCAACCGGACGUCCUCUCAUGAAUUAACCAUCACCCAAGUGCCCUUAAGACUACAGAUCAAGGUGUGCGGCUUGAGGGGCAGCCUGGGAAUCAGCAUUGCCGGAGGGAAGGGCUCUCUGCCUUACAAACAUCAUGACGAGGGCAUCUUUAUUUCCAGAGUGUCAAAAGGAGGGCCUUCUGAAAAGGCUGGGGUCCAUGUUGGAGACAGAGUGCUGGAGGUCAAUGGCUUGGACAUGCAGGAGGUCAGCCACCACGAGGCCGUCACCGCCCUGAGGAAUGCUGGGAGCUGCGUCAAGAUGAAAGUCAUGAGAGAGAAGGCCUUCCCACGCCUCAACACCCGCCGGGCCCAGCAGGACAGCGCUGCCGCCGUCACCAUGGAGACAGACAUUCUCAUGAGCUGGCAGCUUGCUGAGCAGGGUGAUGAUUGCCAGAGACCCAAGGCCCAGAAGCCUGGCACGGACAUGUCGCUGGACUGUAGCCUGACCAAGAGGAUUGACGCUGUCGUCUGUAAUGGCAAUGGAUUGUCUGAUCCGGAGAGUGACCAUAAUUGGUUAUACUUUGAAGGAGAGCCGGAGACCUCUUUUAAAAGCGAUGCACUCCAAGCUUCACUUAAAAAAAAUACCAUGCCGAUCCCUCGGAUUGUCCUCACCCAUCCGUCUACCUCAGAUGAGGAUGUGGAACCUUUGACCCAGGACCCAGGACCUUUGACCCAGGACCCUGACAGUGAAGCAUCGGGGGACUCGGAAGAUCCAGACAGCCACACCCACUCUGAGUGCUUUAAGAGUGCUUUUCCUCCCACCUGACCAGUUUGCAUUCAGAAAAGAAAUAAUGACUUUCUACACUAAUUUCUCUUGUUUUCACUGACGUGUAACACGAUAUACCAGCUGAAUUAUGUUUAUAUGAUUAAGAAAACUAGUAAGAAUGUCUGAUGUUUGUCAUUUGUUGCUGUUUGUUGCGCAGCUUUUUUUUGGAAUUAUACUUUUUUUGGAAUGAUGCUGCUUUUUUGUUGCGAUAACAUUAAUUGGGAAAGGCUAUGGCAGAUUAAGUAUUUAAACAAUGGGAGUUUUUAAGCUGUCGUUUAUGACAUUGUGUCAUCUGUGUGGGUGCCCUAUAAGAAAUAUGUCCAGAUGAACAGCGUUGUUCAACACUUCAGCUCAACUUCCCUCUCAGUAGAUGAGACUCACAAAACGUAAGGCAGUUACUGAGGUGAACAUGUACACCGAUGAGCCAAAACAUUAUGGCCGCCUGCCUGAUAUCUGGCCUGUCUGCAGCUACACGGCCCCAUAGGCAGCAGGGUGUGAUGCACUGUGUGUUGUGACACAUUCCUCCCGUAACCAUCCUAAACAUUUUCUCUGACCUGUGCCACAGUAGACCUUCUGUCCGUUUAGACCAGACGGGAUGAACGUCAUUGCCCCCUCGCAUCGAUGAGCCUUGGCGGGCCCGACACCCUGAUAUAGGUUUAUGGUUUGUCCCUCCUCGGACCGCCGUCGGUAGGUACUCACCACUGCCGACCGGGAGCACCCCACAAGACUUGCCGUUUCAGAGGUGCUCCCCAGUUGUCUGGCCAUAACAAAUUUGCCUCUCGUCGAAGUCCUUUAGGUCUUUACCCCUGUCCAUCUCUCCUGCGUCCAACACAUCAACUAAAAGGACUAAGCGUUCGCUUACCAUUGACCCGUAACCUUGUUAGGAGAUGACCAAUGUUAUUCACUUCACCUGUGAGUGGUCAUAAUGUUUUGGCUCAGCAACAUAUAUUAACUUCUACAUGCACUUUCCAUUUAGAAGUUUGUGUUCUGUUUGGAAAAGAGUUUAACUUUCAGCUGCCUAUAUCAAUAAACCCAUGAAGAUGAUGUUUUAGUAUGCCGCCCUAGUCGCCAGAGUGAUGUGCUCUUUUAUUCUCCCCAGUAUGAGCUUCGAUAAAAUGCCACCUUUGAAAUGACUGCGCAGUGGGGUUGAUGGCUCCUGCAGAGGCUCUGGAGACCCUUUUAGGAGCUUUGUUCCCUUCUCCCAACACCUGCAUUCCGAGGCUAAAUACCGUCUUACUUUCUCCUGGUGGAAAUCUUCCUGUAGUGGGAAAGGCUAGAUUGUCUUAAUUUUUUUAUGUAACUUAAUAAUUCUAUUGUGGUCUGAGUCAAUUUGUAAGGAGUCGUUCUGGUGAUGAGGUCUUUUGAAAUAUACUUUGAAUAAUGUGAGUUUUACUUUGUUCAGAAGCAAAUCAGGUUUGAUGCCUCACUAUGCCUUUUGGUAUUCUCACCUCAAUGUUCUAAUGUUAUUCCUGAGGAAGUGUGUGAGAAAGUACGUGUAUUCUUUCUUACUUUUCGGGUCCUGUACUAAAAGCUCCAAGGUCCCAAAGCUUUGAUCAGGUUGUGUGACAUGCCCAUUGUGUCAUAAAAGCCUCCUUGACAGCAUCUCCGUCUUUGACAUUAUUCCAUAAAGUCUCUGCUAUCGCUUGUCGGCUUAUUGUGGAAGUAAUGAAGGAUUUACGUUGUGCCCACAUUUUCUCGAGUUUUGAUUUCAUGUAUUGCCUUUGUAUAAAGAUACUAUGUUUACUGAUUCCAAUCUGUGUAAAGUCAAAGAGAGAAUUGUACUUGACCUGUAAAUUGUAUCUUGCUGCUGUGUAGAAUGUGCAUACCUUCAGACCUCAUUUGCCUUGUAUGAUAUUGUUUUAUUUUCAUGUAAAUAAUCUCAAGAUUAUUUUAUUGCCAAAUCUAACAUUUGUCAAGAAACAUUUAUCUGAAAGCAUUUUUUAUUCAUUUACAUGUUCUACAUUAAUCAUUUAUGUAUUUUUGUGCUAUAUUUGAGUGAAACUAGCGGAAAAUGUUUUUGUUAAAAGAGCAAUGGGCUUUUCUAGGCACCCAAAGACUAUUUUACACAACCUUUCUUUUCCCCUAAUUAUUUUUAGCCUGGAUCAACGUUUAAGCAUAUUUUAGACCGUUACAUCUUAAUUGAGCAGUUUUUUCUUCAAUCAUUUAAAAAAAAAAAAAAACAUUACAUACAUUUUUUUUUAUCAAAAAACAAUAUAUUUGCUGAGGGUAUUGGUGUCAUGAGAUGAAAUUCAACAUUUAAUCCCAAUAAGAAAUAUUUUCUGAUUUUGUGGAUAUCUCUCCAUGACAGCUAUUCCAGUCCCUCCACUAUUUCUGUCUAUAAUUCUAUCCAUAAUAACAUCUUAAAGUCUGUCAACAUCUAAUCUGUAUUCCAAUUGAACAUUUUAGGUAUAGCCUGCCAGACCACGGCAAGAACAGACUGUUUUGACUCCUUUAAAUACAAAAUAUAAAUUGAUCUACAGGAUAGUCUAUAUAAUGACUCAUCCCAAAAAUCAUUAGUUUACCUGUGACUGCUUAUUAAGUAACAAACCUCCAUCUAUUCUUACACUUGUGUAAAUCGCCCAAUGAUUGUUAUAUUUAUAAGAGAAAUAUAUUUAUUGUUAUAUACAUUUUCUCUGUGUAUCACUUUCUGCAUGUUUAUUUUCUAUACCACGUUCACAUGGGUGCAGCUCUCAUUCUCCGUUCUACUUAUGCCUCCUAUUUAUUUUUAAGAUGAAUAAAUACCUGCACCACUCCAACAAACACAUUUUUCAAGUUAAUUUAGGAUGUGGGCUAUAAAAACAAUAGUGUUUUGUCAUUACUUUAAUUGAAUGUGUGUGUGUGUUUAUAGAAAGUUCAGCUCAUUUCACAUGUUUCAUUGACUGAAUAAAGGACUCCAGCUCUGAAAGGCAGGGUCUAGUGACAACCCUAUACACAACUACUGUACAUAACCAACAACACCGACAUGGUCAAAACCUGCAUCCAUGUAUGUGAAGGAAUCUGCAUCCCAUCCAACAGGUUUGUGUGAAACAGCAAACGAAAGGUUAAGGUUCACGGUUGACGUUCGGGGCUGAUGUUGUGGAACCUCACAGGGCUCUCCACUCUGCCAGAGAAGGAGCCCAAUACAGGUAUAGAUUACCUCAUAGAGAGAGAAAGAAAAUGGUCAAAUUGGGAACUAUGCUGGAAAAGCAAUUUUCAAAUAUGGAUUGGUCUUUUGUCUGGAAAGGCAUCAGCCAGAUUAAAAAUCACAAACCUGGGCAUCCUGUCGAACAAACGUAACACCUUUACUGCGGAUUUGACACCUCAAUCACUGAGCCACUUUACUACACUCCCCUCCUCCCUUUUCCACUUUCCCCUGUCAUAGCUCACCAAUAUCCAAGACACGUCAUUGUACCCGUCCCCCUAAAAAACACAAGAUGUCCUGGCUGUUAAACUGCAAACCUGUAGCACUCGUCUUGGACACCAUUAAAGCAUUUGAGCGCAGUCCUUUUCUCAUGACAUUAAUUGUUGAAUUCGUCUUCAGCUCCUCGAUCACUGUCUGGUUUGGUUCUGUGUCUGCCUUGAUACAUGUUUGUAUUUCUUUUUGUUACUUCAUUGACAGCAGCUCUCAAAAUAGACUAACUUCAGAUAUUUGCCUACAAAGCCUGUGCCUUGUGUCAAACGUGACAAUAUGUAACAAUACACUUGUAAAUACUUAGUGAUUGUCGCAUACAGAAUGGCACUAAUUAUGGAAUUCAGGUAUUUGCUAUAGAAGAAAUAGUCAAAAUUUAAUUAAUGAAUUGAUUUCACUUCUCCUAAAAGCAGAAUAUUUUUCAACAGACCCCUCUGGCAAACACACAAUCAAAUACUGUUUUAGUUGCUGUUAAUUACAUUUUUG